CUCGCGAGGACUGCAAGAACAUUUAUCGAUCUGACUUGCGCGAUUUAUGCAUGGAGUGUUGAAGUUUUAGUCAUGAUGCACUUUUAGUUUUACCGACCACACGGCCGCGCAUUGUUUGUGCAAGCAGGGGUGCGAUGAACUAGGACAAACCCUAACCCUUUCAACAACAAACGCCGGCGCACUUUUCAAAAGUUCCCGUUCACCUGAUGAUCGAAUGUUAUUGUCCACAGUUGUAGUCAAAUCAAGUAUUGAAAUUUCGAGCCACUUUUGUAUAAACACAAUGUACAACUUCGCUAAUAAUAUCACUAAAGCUGUAGACGAAACAUCAACAAGAGCUCGGAUUUAGCAGAUUGACAAAAUGUAGUAGAAAAAUUCAGUUUACUACCAACAAAUUUUAUAGUUACACUCAGUCUUGGUCGUUUCUUUUGUGAAACGGAAAAUGAAGAGAAACUGGUACAUCAGCAAAAAAUUGUAACUCUCUGCCGCCUGAUUACCAUCUCGCAGCCAUCGAAGAUGGCCCGUGGCCGCAGCGACAGUCGAGGGCGAAGCGGUGACCAAAAUCAGCGACAUAUCCUGUGUAAAAACGUGUCCAUAGAGUCCUCACGAUGGUGAAUAUUAUGACAGUGAACUACAACUCCCCCGCCUCCCCCUCAUUCGUAUGGCAUGAACAGCAACACACGCAACGGCAGAUAUGUGGCUUCCGCAUGACAAAUCUGUACACGGAUGGUAGUGCUGUAGUUUGAUAAGGUUUCAAAAUUUGGCAUGCAGAUAGUGCCUAAAUAAGGCAAGAUAUGGAUUUGGUAUUUCUGUUUUUCAUUUACAAAUGAGGGCGGGGGGACCAGUUGUGCAGCACUCUCAUAAUGGGAAUUUUGCAUACACAAAUAACCAACAAGGUUUGGCUGAUGUUCUUGCGCGUUUGCGGAUUUGCAUGACAAAGCUGGGCCGAUGGAGACGUUUUUGCACCACAUGAUACGACAAACCAGACGACACCGCGACAACAGCCGAACCCGGAAAAAUAUCGCGUGUAAGAGCAUUUUUGCACAACAACUCGUAAUAAUUGCAGUUUAUGCAUGCGAAAGCUGGUUGCAUAGACAAUUUAGCAUGGAAAAUUGCAUUUGUCAUGCUGACCAAAUUUGUAAAUGCAAUUACUACUUCUACGUAGCAGUACGAUGCAUAUUUUCCACUUCAUAAGAAAUAACCGGGGCCGAGACCGCAGGCGAGACACGAGCCGGUCGCGAAGCGGCGGGCGGCACCAAAACAAGAGAAAUAACAGAGACCAGCAACAGCAGAGCAACAACCGGUCGCGCUCUCCGUCGCCACCGCGGACGCCGCGCGCCCCGCCGACGGAUUUACAGCAGUAUGAAAAGGACCAGGAGAAGAAGGGGUGGCUGACCUGGUAUCAAAAGGAGAAAUCCCCCCUCCCCAUAUCAAAACGGAAAUUUGUGAUGCUGAUUUGUGGUCACAAAUCCGAGCUGUCUUGCUGGAGAGCACUGCAGGCCCAGACCAAGCGCGAGUAGAGAGGUUUUGGCCUAGGCACUUAGCAUGAUAAACAUCCGCGCUGUAGGCCCAACAGCAUGACAAACCACCUGCAUCAUGCGGCGGAGCCUGUGGAGUUGCCUUCUUGCAAGACAGGCACGAUUUGUGGCCACAAAUCAGCAUGACAAAUUUCCAAAAGUAUACCGUUUCAGUAUGGGGAGGGGGAUUUUUCCUCUCAAUACCUGGUUCGGCAGGAAUACGCGCGACCGGGAGCGGAAUCGAAUAAAGCCGGUAUCAAAUGUAAAAGUGCCUGGGUCUGGAAAGUUGGAACUUGUGAUGCUAUCUUUGGACUCUAAAAAAAAUUGCAUUGCAUGACCAGCAAGAGGAACCACAUUUGUGCUACGCGAGGAGGGCAUUUGUCAUGCGGAAAUGGCAUCAGGGAGCUUUCCAAAAAUCUGUGAUGCUGGGUCAUGCAUUACAAGCAGCAUCGGUCGUGCCAGACAAGCAUGACAAGCCUUCCACUCUUCCAGACCCAGACAUUUUUACAUUUGAUAGCCGGAGUGGCAAUACCACGAGGAGACGGAGCUGUUCUAUUUCAUCCCGAAAAACCUCUACUUCAAGCUCGAGCCGGUCAACGACAAGCAAAUUGCGACCGCGAAACUCCACUUGAAACACGGGGGCGGGGGUAUGGUCAGCGCGACAAAGUCCGUGCAGUGGAAGAUUUUGCGGCCCGACGAAAAUUUGGAAGACUGGGGCGACGAGAAAAUGAUCAAGUUGCAGAAAGCGGAAGAGAUGCGCAACGCGCUGAAGACCGCGGAGUUUCACUCGUUCGACGAACGAAAUGUGAUGUCGGCCGCAGCCAGCACCAGCAGCAAUAUCCAACAAGUAGGUCUAGGUGCCCAUACCGGAACUUCAACUUCGCAACACGCUGGAGCCAGCUCGUCUACCACCGCGGGGGGCGGUGCGCUAUCAACUGUAAAAGUGUCUGGGUCUGGAAGAUUCUGACACUUGUCAUGCACGUUUUGCAUGAGCCCUGACGUCUGUGAUGCAUGCCCUAGCAUCACAGACUUUUUGAGAGCUCCUUGAUGCCUAUUCCGCAUGACAAAUGCCCUCUCCGCGUAGCAAAAAUUGCAUUCCCUUUGCUGCUCAUGCAAUACAGAUUUUUUUGGAAUCCAAAUUCAGCAUCACAAGUUGCAUUCUUCCAGACCCAGACAUUUUUACAUUUGAUAUGCGCAAAGUCGGAGCAAUUUGCGGUCCAACAGCUUCGGUCCAGAGGAUAACAACAGCAACUCCAAGAUGAUUCCAGAUCCCUUUACAAAAAUAUGCCGGCAAGACACCGGAAACAGCGAAAAGAACAACGACGGCGGGAAUAACAAUGUCACGAAAAACACCUCGAAACAUAACCUCGGCGAGCAUGGGUUAGCGACCAGUGCGCCAAGCGACAAUCAAAUGUUGGCCUCCUCCAAAAGCGGCAACCACCAACACCAACCCGACAGCAUGUCCACGACUGCCUCCACCUCGACGUCAGCCUCCGGCGUGAAGUAUGAAGAGGGGAUCGUGCUGCAGUGGCACGAAGACCGGGGGUUCGGUAUCAAAAUGAAAAAUCCCCUCUCCCCAUAUCGAACAGGAAAGUUGUGAUGCUGGAUUUGCGUACACAAAUCGGAUUUGUCUUGCUGGAGAGGACUGCAGGCACAUCUCACGCCCGAGUACAGAGGUUUUGGCCUAGGCGCUUAGCAUGAGAAACGUCUGCGCUGUAUGCCCAACAGCAUCGCAAACCGCCUGCAUAAUACGGCGAAGCCUGUGGAAUUGCCUUCUUGCAAGACAGACAUGAUUUGUGGUCGCAAAUCAGCAUUGCAAAUCUUCUGCGACAUACCUUUUCGAUAUGGGGAGGGGGGAUUUUUCCCCGCGAUAUUCGGCUUCAUUUCCCACUCUACCAUGACCCCCGCCACCCCCACCUCCCCGGCGUCGCAGCAAACCCAGACGCUGUUCGUGUAUCGCAAGAAAAAACUGUUUCACUGUGAACCUGUGAUGCAGAGAACGAAACACCAACGCGUUUGUCUUGCUACACCUGCAACACAAUGGAUUUUUAGGCGUGUUUUCCAUUGGAAAACGCGCAUCACAGAUUUUCUGUGUCAUGUGUAGCAAAUUUGUGAUGCAGAUCUAGCAAAACCGUCAACAGUGAAACAGUUUUUUCCUGGGAUAUCGUGCACCGGAGAAAUAUUGUAGGAAGCACGUCGCAGCGCCCCAUCAACUUGCCGGUGAACAUCAAGGUUAUUUUCACAAUCGGAGAAGAUAGCUCGAGUACAACGCAAGCGGCAAAAGACAGCUCGACAGCAAGUGGAGGUAACACCGCGGCUUCAGGAGCUGGUUUAAAUAAGGACGAUAAAUCACUGGUGGCGCUGCAGGUCCAGAUGAUCGACCCGAAGACAAAUAAACCAGCCUUGGUGCAUAUGAACAGCAGAAGUAUCCUACUCGUAUACUAAUGCAUUACAAAUUUCCUCAGCAUGGGGAAUAAAAUUUGUGAUGCGGAUCUACAUUGAGAAAAAGAUUUGUAUAUGCGUGACUGCAAUACGAGUGCGAUAUCGUUUUGCACAGGAUAGUGCACUCCGCGGACUACCAUGCGAAAAUCGAGCACAACCGGUAUCGUCAGGAAAAAUCCGCCCUCCCCAUAUCGGACUGGAAGUUUGUGAUGCUGGAUUUCCGUACACAAAGCAGUUUGUGUUGCUAGAAUGGCAAGAGCCGCAGUUGCGGCCUUAAUUGCAGGCAUAUAUUGUGAUGCUGUUUCCCACUUCCAGUUGCCUCCUGUCAUGCGGAACAUGCAAAAAGGCCUUCUCACGUCAGCCAGCACGACAGUCCGCAUCUUUUGUCUUCUAGCAUGGCAGCAUGAUUCGCGGUCACAAAUCAGCAUCAGAAAUUUCUAGCUUGAGUAUGGGGUUCGGGGUUUUUCCGUUUGAUAGCCGGCUGCGCAUGCACGUCACGCUGGAGUCCCUGCAGUUGAGGUCCUGGUGCGAGUCCUGGCCCGGGAAGAAGCAGCACCUGCAGGACCGGUUAUCAAAUGCAAAUAUGUCUGGGUCUGGAAGGAUGCAACUUGUAAUGCUGUCUGCGGAUUCUAAAAAUACCUGUGUUGCAUGAGCAGCAAAAGGAGUCAGUUCUUGGCACGCGGAGAGGGCAUUUCUCAUGCGUAAUCAGCAUCAAGUAGCUCUCAAAAAAUCAGUGAUGCUAGCACCAGCAUCACAGACCUCAUGGGUGAAGCAACAUGGGCAUGACAAGCCCCGACGCUUCCAGGCCCAGACAUAUUUGCAUUUGAUACCGGUUCUGCCUGAACCAGGCUUUGGAGGACAUCGGCAUGUUUUUCGGCGUUUUCGACGGACACGGUGGGGUGCAGGUGGCGGAUUUGGUUUCCGAUCGGCUGUUAUCAAAUGCAAAGAUGUCUGGGUCUGGAACAGUGGUUGAACUUGUGAUGCGUGUCUUGCAUUCCUGGAAAAUCUGUGUUGCAUGAGCAGCAAAAGAGGAGCUUGCUUUGUCAUGCAAAAACGCAAUUUGUGAUGCGUGGUAGGCAUCAGCAGGCGCCUCUAAAAACUUGUCAUGCCUGGCUGCCAUUGCAAGCGCUUCAAUCAUGCUCAAUUUAGCAUCACAGAUUUCCAGACUCAGACAUUUUUGCAUUUGAUAGCUGUGGAAGCACCUUCUGUCGCACUACAAACAACGCACCGUGCUAGCGGCGUCCCGCGACGAGAAGUUGCUGCAGAGCCACAUCGCAGCCUACUUGCAGUGCGACGCCGAAAUCUGCGAAGUAAACUAUUGCUGUCACUGUCACAUUA